AUGACUGUAUACACUGCUUCAACUACAGCACCCGUAAAUAUCGCUACUUUAAAGUACUGGGGUAAAAGAGAUGCUAACUUGAACCUACCAACCAAUUCAUCUAUCUCUGUUACAUUGGCUCAAGAUGAUCUAAGAACAUUGACAUCCGCCGCUACAUCUGAAAGUUUUGAGAAGGAUACAUUAUGGUUGAAUGGUAAAGAAGAAUCCUUAACCAAUAAAAGAACUCAAGAUUGUUUACAAGAUUUACGUGGCUUAAGGAAUCAAUUGGAGUCACAAGAUGCUUCUUUACCUAAGAUGUCUCAAUGGAGGUUGCAUAUUGUCUCUGAAAAUAAUUUCCCAACAGCUGCAGGAUUAGCCUCUUCAGCAGCAGGGUUUGCGGCUUUAGUAGUAGCAGUCGCCAAAUUAUAUAAGUUACCUCAAGACAUGUCAGAAUUAUCGAGAAUCGCUCGUAAGGGUUCCGGUUCUGCCUGUAGGUCCCUAUUUGGUGGUUAUGUUGCUUGGGAGAUGGGUGAAGCGGAGGAUGGUUUAGAUUCUAUGGCUGUCCAAGUUCUACCUCAAGAGGCUUGGCCUGAAAUGAAGGCAGCAAUCUUAGUUGUCAGUGAUGUUAAGAAGGAUACCCCAUCUACUCAAGGUAUGCAACUAACUGUUGCUACUUCUGAUUUAUUCAAAGAAAGGAUAACAUCGAUUGUCCCAAAACGUUUCGUAGAAAUGAAAGAGGCCAUUGAAAAUCGUGAUUUUCCAAGAUUUGCUGAAAUGACUAUGAAAGAUUCUAAUUCUUUCCAUGCUACAUGUUUAGACUCAUACCCACCAAUUUUUUAUAUUAACGACACUUCUAAAAAAGUUAUUAGAUUAGUACAUUCAAUUAAUGCCUUUUUCAAUGAAACUAUUGUCGCUUACACUUUUGAUGCAGGCCCAAAUGCAGUCUUGUAUUAUUUGGAAAAGAAUGAGGAGAAGUUAUUUGCCUUCUUAUAUAAACUUCUACACCAAGUUAAAGGUUGGGAACCAAAAUAUAAUAAGGAACAAUUAAAUGGGUUUAUUAAUACUUUCGAAAACCAGUACAAGGAUAAGAUUGAGUUCUUUAUUGAUCCUGAAUUAUAUCAAGGAAUCACUAGAAUUAUAUUAACUAGGGUUGGUCCUGGUCCACAAAAUUCAGAAGAAUGCCUGAUUGACCAAUCUACUGGUUUGCCAAAGUAA